UGGGCGUUGGCGGGGCGGAGGGCCACGGCGGGGGUGGCCACAGCAGAGCCCUGCAGCGUGGCUGGGUCCCUGUCCCUGAAGCAGAGAAGCCGCGCUGGGCCCACGAGGCAGCUGUCCCAUGCUCCGCUGAGCACGGCCGGUGCCAUGCCUCUGCGACUCCUCCUGCUGCUGGUCCUGCUGGGCCUCGGCCUCGGGCUGCCGGAGAGCCAGGGGAAUGGGGACGAGGACGACUGGGGUGGGUACGAUGACGGGUAUGUCACGGACCCUCCGGAAAUGCUUGAAACUAUCACGGCGGCUGUGACCCCGAGGCCCGAGCGUCAGGCUGCGAUGGGAACGUUGGGGCCGAGAGAUUCUGCAGGGCCUGGUACCCCUGAGCCAGCCACUCUGGAGGCGACCACAGGGGACUCUGCUGGCCUGGAUGCCAGAGGAGCAACCCCUGGGAAGCUCAGCGUGGAACUGGCCACACAGGGGAUUCCUGUCACACCGGGCCCUCUGGCCACAGAACUGGGCACUACCAUCCCUCCCAUCACGGAGGCGCCAUCCACAGAGGGGGCUCCAUCCACAGAGCUGGCCACCGCAAAGGCCCUGCCCACAGAGCCACUGACCACGCAACCUGCAGCCACGGAGGCCCUGACCACAGAGCCACUGGCCACACACCCUGCAGCCACGGAGGCCCUGACCAUGCAUCCUGCAGCCACGGAGGCCCUGUCCACAAGCCCAGCAGCCACGGAGGCCCUGUCCACAAGCCCAGCAGCCACGGAGGCCCUGUCCACAAGCCCAGCAGCCACAGAGUCCCUGUCUAUGGAGUCCACGGUCACGGAGACCCUGUCCACAGAGCCGGCUACCACAGCAGCCCCUCCCACAGCGCCCCCUACCACAGAGACCCUGUCCAAGGAGCCAGGCACCAUGCAGGCGCUGUCCACAGCGGGUCUCUCCACGGCCCUCCUCGUGCUGCCUGACGCUCACGGGGGUGCCACCGUGGCCGCCACCGUGGCCGUCCGCAAUUCCUCGGACGCCUUCAUCAAACGGGGGAAAAGCAGCCAGGGCCUCUCCCCGCCCAGCUCCGCGCCCCCCAGCCUCACGCGGGGCCCGGAUUACAUGCCCGUGAAGCACUGCCUGCUGGCCAUCCUCAUCCUGGCGCUGGUGGCCACCACCUUCCUGGUGUGCACCGUGGUGCUGGCCGUCCGCCUCUCCCGCAGGAACCACAUGUACCACGUGCGCAGCUACUCGCCCACCGAGAUGGUCUGCAUCUCCUCCCUGCUGGCCGAGGGCGGGGAGGCGCCCGCCGUCACCGCCAACGGGAGCCUGCCCGCCGCCAAGGGCCCGGGCCUCAAGGAAGGGGCCGGGGAGGACCACAGCGGGGACGACCUCACCCUGCACAGCUUUCUCCCUUAGCGCCCCCGCCCACGCCCCUGGGCACGGCCCUGGCUCCUCGCUGCUCCCUCCGCGGCCUCCACCCAGCGCUCAGGCCCUGGGUCGCCUGUCGGGGCCUCCUCCGAGCCCCUGGGGGAGGGAUCCCUAGGGCAGGGCCCUGGCCACUCCACCAGGACCGAGGGCGGCCAGGGUUUGAGGCCUCUCCUUCCUCCUGGCCGCUGGAGUCUCAUUCCCACGAACCCAGGGAAGACUCAGGUGCCCUGCCCUCACCCACCGCUCUCGUCUCUGGUCGCCAAUCAUCAUGCAUGUGGGGGGUGGGUCCUGAGGAGCGUGGGGUUCCUGAGACCAGAGUGAGGUCUUUUUUUUUUU